ACUGAUAGACAUCAACCUUGAAGUCUGCCACAAAAAAGGUUUUUUUUUUCAGGGCUGAUCAUAUGAGUCGCCCCCCUCCCCUGAGAGAGAGGUAGAGGUCUCUCAUCACAGAGCAGUUUAGCGCGGUGAGAUGGUUGAAUGCUAGGACUUCAUUAAGCCCCUCUAUUGUUAACAUCUGGGUUCAGAAGAAUGGCUCUUUCUCUGGUAAAUGUUGCCCUGGCUUAACAAGGGAUUUUAUUACACCAUGCAGUUGACAUUGGCAGCAGUGGCACGUCUGGCAAUGGAAACCCUUCAACUGUUUAGGUCACAGGAGAUCAAUCAAAGCAGCAUGUUUCCUUGAAGCCCUCAGUUCUCACUAGCACAGGGAGUUGCAGCAAUCUGUGCAGGUUAGUCCCGGAGGAUACAGAGGUGCAGCGGGCUGAACACCAGCCAUUCGGAUGGGUAACGUACCCACUACAGUGAAGCACUGCUUGAGCUAUGAGCAACUCAUCCAGGACUACCCAUGGCUGAGACACUGGCUGCAGGAGAAGACCAUUACAGGACAUGAGUACCCAGAGUUUGUUAAAAUCGUUGAGGUUGGGCCGAGAGAUGGACUUCAAAAUGAAAAGGAAAUUGUUCCGACAGGGGUGAAAAUCCAGCUGAUAGACAUGCUCUCACGAACAGGCCUGUCUGUGAUCGAGGCCACCAGCUUUGUCUCAUCAAAGUGGGUACCGCAGAUGGCAGACCACACUGAUGUACUCAGAGGAAUCCAGAGAGCUUCUCAUGUUCAGUACCCUGUUUUGACACCUAACAUGCAAGGCUUCCAGGAUGCUGUUGCAGCUGGUGCUACUGAAGUGGCAGUGUUUGGGUCAGCGUCUGAAACCUUCAGUAAAAGAAAUAUUAACUGCUCUAUUGAUGAAAGCAUGCUGAGGUUUAAGGAAGUCAUUAACACUGCCAAAGAGCAACAAAUUCCAGUGCGCGGAUAUGUUUCCUGUGCCCUUGGAUGCCCCCAUGAGGGACACAUUGAACCCUCUAAAGUUGCUGAGGUAGCAAAGAGGUUAUAUGACAUGGGCUGUUAUGAGAUUUCCUUGGGGGAUACCAUCGGUGUUGGUACUCCAGGUUCCAUGUUGAAGAUGCUGCAGAGUGUGAUGAAGGAGGUGCCCACCAAAGCUCUCGCAGUUCACUGCCAUGACACUUAUGGUCAGGCACUGCCCAACAUCCUAACUGCACUUCAGAUGGGGGUCUGUGUAGUGGAUUCCGCAGUAGCUGGCCUGGGAGGCUGCCCGUAUGCUCAGGGUUCAUCGGGCAAUGUUUCAACAGAGGAUGUUCUCUACAUGCUCCAUGGCAUGGGCAUUGAAACAGGUGUAAACCUCGCCAAAGUUAUAGACGCUGGUGACUUUAUCUGCAACGCUUUAUGUCGCAAGACAAACUCCAGGGUUGCCCAGGCCAGAGGCAGGACCCCGUGAUGUGUUUCUGUGAAGGAAUAUGUAUAUAUAAAUAUUUGAAUCUCUUCCCUUUAAAGUGCUUCCCCUGUUGUUGCUGCCUUUCAAUUUGUUGCCUAUGCUGCUGUAUUUGAAGUACAUUGCUCCUUUUAAACUGUCCGAGGUAACUACUGCUUUCAGUUUAAGUUUUUCCAUUUUUCAUUUCAUUUUGCUGUUAGUUCACUGAUUCAGUUCAUUCACUUCAUUUGAAGGACCAUUAUGAUCCACAGUCAUUCCUCUGUGAAAGAGGUCUAGGCUGAUAAUAUGUUGAGUUAUGAAUACAUGGCUGAAUUAUCUUCUUUUAAUUUAAAUCUCUUUCUGACAUAUAAACCCACUGAAGGUUAGUCACUUUUAUUACUUUGCAUAAGUCAGUGGCCUUAUAGAAAAACAGAACAGAAUAAGACUUUAGUUUUUAGCUCUCAAUGUGUUAUCAACACAGUUAUUUCAUUUGAACAAAUAGAGGAGACUGCAAAAAGAGAAAGCUCCUUCAUGCUUUUUGAAUAUGAGUAUCUCCUUAUACAGUACCUUCUCAGAAGACCUUUUCAGCUUCUCCUCCCUUGGACAGAUUCUGUAUGAAUAGCAAUCAAAAAGAAGACUCCACUCACAAACUAACCAUUUAAAAGCAUUUUUUCUCUCAGGUUUGCCAAAGAUCAUUUAGAGCAACAUUAUGUAACUAUUUUACCUUUGAAUAACAGCUUCUGAAUAAUUUUGAUGGUCCACCGACUUGUAAUAGGGAGAAUGGUGCCUCUGCCAUUUCCACUCCUCGCCCCAUACGGCUAUUCUUGCACUAUAGAACUUUGGUAUGAUCGCCCGUGAGAAGUGCCUAACUGAGUGGUAGUCAGCAGCUUAAACUGUCGGAAUAAGGCCAAGCAAGUUCAAGAGUAAUGCCAAACUAUAGAUCAGUUAUAAGUAAUUGAAAACCAGCGUUCACCUUCAAUGUCCAGCCAGGAAACUUUGAAAAUAUCAUGAAUCCUAAACUGAGUUUGGCAGCAGGACUUCUGAACCCAGUAGCCAGGGAUCUGUUUUAGUUCAGUGAGCAGGAUUACAUAGUCAGAGCUCUGGUCAAGAGAUUGAUAGGGUUUGUUUUCAGUACAUGAAAACUGCCUAACCACUUUGACUCGGAGCCCACUGCAAAGGCCGCUGCUGCUCAGCAAAGUUACAUUUUGUUGCUUUUUUUUACCAUGACAUAAGCUACUGUCUGUGCAAGUCAAAUGUGGUUGCAUAUCGAUCAUGUCUCUGCUGUGUGUUUACAUCCUACUGUGCUAUCUGUAAAACAUUAUACAAUAGAAACAGUAAUUUUAAUGACCUUUUAUCUAAAACAAGAUGACAAACAAAAAAUACCAUAUAUAUUAUGCAUAAGAAAAAUGAAAAUCAGUUAUCACGUUAUUAUCUUUUUAUGUACACAUGCUGGUUUCAUCUCAAUAAAGAACAAAGGACCAACAAAAAGAUCUGUUGUGGAUGUCUCUGUCCUGGCUCUUGGGACUCUGGACACCUCUGGUUUUCUAUCCAGUCAUUAUUUGUGUUUCCUUAUAUCCCAGUAGUAAAUCAGUAUAAUUACAAUGCCGUGAGUGAAAACUGGCUGGACUCUGGUAGUGAACCUGGGAAAAAAAGAAAGAAAGAAAAAAAAUAUAGAAUCAAUGCAGUAGAUAGCUGGCACAUUUGCAUAAGUGUAUUAAAAUUUUAUAAUUGCCAACUCACAGU